GGUUAUUAAAAACGUGCUAAUAUUUAUGUACAAAAAUUGAAAGUUGUAAACUCAUGUUUUGCUUUUAUUUUCUAUAAAAUUAGUUUAUAAUUUCAUAAAAACUAAUAGUGAAUUAUGAGUUUAGUUUUAAGGCAAGCCCUUACAAGGCAAACUUUUAGGCUAUGUGAAAGAAAUGCGUACAAAUGUUUACCAAAACAACUUCCCGUAACCUCAACUUACAAUGUUACACAAUUCAGAAAUUAUUGCCAAGAACCAACAGAAACGAGGAAACUGCCUCAACUUAUGGAAUUUCCACCAGUGGUUUGGCCUUCAUUGGUGAAAUUCAUAAAAAACUGGAUGUUUGCAAAUUUUAUUAUUCGCCCUUACUUUGAACCAGAAUUCAGCCUCGCCGAAUUCAUAGAAGCAUCUAAGCACGCUGUUCAGGUUGUUUCAGAUGCAUUACAACGGAGUGAUUUCAAGGCAUUGGAAGGCCUGGUGGAGAAGGAUGCCAUUGCCGCAUUGAAGACAGCUGUGUCGAAGCUAUCGGUCUCACAGAGGCAGCUUCUUGCUGUGGAGAAAGAUGACAUCUUUUAUGCAUUUCCUUAUCAGGUGGGAGUAAUGUUCGAUGAAUCCGACAAACGUUGGGUGGAGAUCACAAUGUGCUAUCACGUGUUGAGGGGGCUCAAACAAAUGCAGGAGACGGGUGAUCUGCCGCCGGUUUCGCUGGGUGUGCAGCCAGAAUAUCAAGACAAAAUCUUCAUCUUAAACUACAGAUUCAUCAGAGAAUUCACAAAAGGUGUUGAAGACAGUUGGUGGGUGAAUAUAGUCAAUCACUUCCAACCACAUAGUCUUGGCGCCGGUAGAAAAUAGAUCAAGACUGCUUGCACACACGACUGACCCAUAGAGUUGCCAUGUAAUUGUUACGAUCAUUGGUUUUAUUUUUUUCGUUUUAUUUGGCCAGUACUAUUUAGGGCGUUCUUUUUAAUUUGUAUGGAUUGGACAAUAGAUUUUAAUAUUAAUUAAAUAACAGUGCAAAAAACAAAAUUAUGUAAUAAUGUCCCAUAAUAGUGUUUUACCAUGGAGAAAUUUAUUUUUCAAGAAUCCAAACCUGCUGGGUGAUUUAGAUUUUUUGACGGCCCAUAUUGUUGUAAACUGCCUCUGACGUCGAGGUUAAUCAAAAAGUAAAAAUAAAGAAUAUAAGACAGGCAUUGUUUUCGUUUAAAGUUAAUCUAUUCAGAAAGGGGAUGUAUAUAUUGACAUCACCAAUGUAUUAUCAUGGAGCAUUAAACAUUGUUUAUACUAAAGUCGACGAUUUUUACAAGACUUCUGUAAAUAGUAGAGAUUAUCUUUUAACAGAUCUUUUUUUUGUUGAGCGCUGUGGCCUUGCAUUCUCUCCAGUUUCUCCAUGAUUUUAAUUAUCGUGAUAUAUAUCACCUGCCAUGAUCAUUAAGGCCCUCUUUUAAGUUUGUAACAAGUCAUAGUGAAGAGUUUUAUGAAUAAAAUCCAAUUUUAAUGUUCAAA